GUCAGAGAGACCCAGCCUUCGUCCUCCACCGGAGCUCCUGUCUUCACAUCGGGCAACUUUUGGCUGUUUGUUCUGGAUUUGUACUUUGGAUCUUUUCCCCAUCUCCUGGUGGAUUUACCUGUGUGUUAAUAACCCCCCCACCUUGUAACUUUUAACACCCGGUGCCCUGAUCCAUGGCGGAGGGUGUGCGUCCCGAGGACUACUGCAACGAGCCGGUGGAGGACGAGUUUGGAGAGAUCAUCAAGUGUCGAUCAGAUGAGAGAGAAGUCGUUCAGAAGAAGACUUUCACAAAAUGGGUAAACUCACAGUUGUCUAAGACAGGGAAACCCCCUGUGGAGAAUCUGUUCUCAGACCUGUGUGAUGGAAGACGCCUGCUGGAGCUGCUGGAGGGGCUGUCAGGACAUGAGCUGGUGAGGUUGGAGAGAGGAUUCUCGCGCGUUCACUCGCUCAACAAUGUUAACCGUGCUCUGCAGAUCUUGCAGAAGAACAAUGUUGAAUUGGUGAAUAUCGGAGCGGCAGACAUCGUUGAUGGGAAUCACAAACUGAUUCUCGGGCUCAUCUGGAGCAUCAUUGUCCACUGGCAGGUAAAGGAUGUGAUGAAGGAUGUGAUGGCGGGCCUACAGCAGACCAACAGUGAGAAGAUUCUGCUGAGUUGGGUUCGUCAGCACACGCGCCAGUACCCUCAGGUCAAUGUGGUUAACUUCUCCAGCAGCUGGAAUGAUGGCUUGGCCUUCAAUGCCCUCAUCCACAGCCACAGACCCGAGCUUUUUGAUUGGGCCUCAGUGGAGAAGAAGACGUCUGCGAUCGACAGACUGGAACACGCCUUUAAUAAGGCAGAACAACACAUGGGGAUAGACAGACUGCUGGACCCUGAGGAUGUGGCUGUGCCUCACCCGGACAAGAAGAGUGUCCUCAUGUACGUGACGUCGCUCUUCCAGGUGCUCCCCCAAAUCAUUUCCAUGGAAUCCAUUAAGGAGGUGGAGACGUUGCCACGGGCGACCGCAUCCGGCGCUGCCCGGAUGACGACGGAGGAGCACUACCAGAUCCAGACCCAGCAGCGCUUCUCCCAGCAGAUCACAGUGAGUGUGGCUCAGGGCCGAGUGCAGAGUCCCUCCUCUCAGCCUCGCUAUAAAAGCUAUGCCUACACCCAGGCUGCAUAUGUCAAGUCGCCCGAGCAAAAGAGGAGGCGUUGUACUGAUCAGUUCCUGAGUCCGGGUCACGAGGAGCUGCAGCGGGGCCUCAGUCCUCUGCCUCCAGGCUCCACCAGCCUGGAGAGCUACCAGGCCGCACUGGAGGAGGUGUUGACCUGGCUGCUGUCGGCUGAAGACGGGCUCCAGGGCCAGCCUCCCAUCUCCGACAAUGUGGAGGAGGUGAAGGAGCAGUUCCACACGCACGAGGGCUACAUGGUGGAGCUGACCACCCAUCAAGGCAGCGUGGGGCGGGUCCUCCGGGCCGGCGCCGCCCUGCUGGGGGAGAGGAACCUGAGUGAAGACGAGGACUCGGAAGUCAGGGAGCAGAUGAACCUCCUGAACGCCCGGUGGGAACACCUGAGAGUGGCAAGCAUGGAGAGACAGACCAGACUCCACGAAGUGCUGAUGGGCCUACAGCACCAGCAGCUGCAGCAGCUCACCGACUGGCUGGAUGUGACGGAGGCGCGGAUUAAAAGGAUGGGGGCCCAACCGAUGGGUCCUGACCUGGAGGACGUCAAGCACCAAGUGGAAGAGCACAAGCUGCUGCAGGAGGACCUGGAGCUGGAGCAGGUGAGGGUGAACUCUCUGACCCACAUGGUGGUGGUGGUGGACGAGACCAGCGGAGACAGCGCCACGGCGGCUUUGGAGAGCAAACUCCAGGUGCUAGGUGACCGCUGGGCCUCCAUUUGCAGAUGGACAGAAGAACGCUGGAUCCUGCUUCAGGAGAUUCUACUGAAAUGGCAGCACUUCACUAAUGAACAGUCUUUGUUUGACUCCUGGCUGACUCAGAAGGAGGAGCAUGUUCGAUCUAUCAAGACCACCAACCUGAAGGACCAGGCGGAGAUGACUGCCUGCAUCCGCCGCCUCGCUACGGUGAAGGCAGAACUGGAGGUGAAGCGUCCCACCAUGGACAAGCUGUGCUCCAUGAGUCAGGAUCUGCUGUCCAGCGUCAAGAACAAAGAGGUGGCCAGCAAACUGGAGGCCCGACUGGACAGCUUCGCCCAGCGCUGGGACCGCCUGAUCCAGAGUCUGGAGAUGAGCAGCUCCCAGCUGUCGACUGUUGUCAGCGUGGUCCAGCAGUCGGAGCUGACCCACUCUGUUGCCACGACCGUUACCAAGGUGACAACAAGGGAGAAGAUGUCAGCUGUGCGCCAGACUCGUGAGUCACCGCCACCACAGAAGAAGAGACAAGUUGUGGUGGAUUCUGAACUUAGGAAAAGGUUUGAUGUGGACUUCACAGAGUUGCACAGCUACAUGACCCGAGGAGAGGCCAUCCUGCAGAGCCCCGAGUGCUCCGUGUCACGCAAAGACGGCAGCAUCCAGGAGCUGUACGACAAAGUGCUGGCGAUAGAGCGAGAGCGGCCGGAGAAGUUCCGGAAGCUUCAGGAAGCCACGCGCACGGCGCAGACCCUGGUCGAGCAGGAGGGAAUGCGUGCUGAUGACAUUGCCCAGGCAGCGGAGCAGCUGAACCAGCGCUGGGUGGGGUUCUGUGCCCUGUUGGCAGACAAGCUGGCAUGGCUGGCUUACCAGACAAAGGUGCUGGCCUUCUACAGCCUGUUUGAGCAGUGUGAGCAGGCGGUGGAGACCAGUGAGAGCUGGCUCAAAGUGCAGGCGCCCCCAGCCUCUGAACCAGAACCUCUCAAAGUACAGCUGGACCGGUGCAGGGAGGAGGUGGCUCGCCUGGCCUCGCUGCAGCCUCAGGUGGAUCUUCUGGAGAAGCACCUGAAGGAGCUGAAGGAGGAGAAGGAAGGGGACGAGGACCCUUCAGCUUUCCUUGACGCUGACAUCAGUGCCUUCAAAGAGCACUACCGGCAGGUGCUGGAGGACCUGAGGGCCAGAGAGAGGCAGCUGCAGCUGGUUUUGGAGAGCUUGCCCCCGGCUCGUUACAAGGAAACUAUAGCCACACUGUUGGCAUGGCUACAACAGUGCGAGGCCAAGCUGUCCAUCCCAUCCACGGCGGUUACAGAGUAUCCUGUGAUGGAACAGAGACUUACGGACGUUCAGGCCCUGCAGGUGGCUCUGGCUGAACACCAGGGGGAGGUGGACUACCUGACCUCCACUGUGGAGCAGGUGUUCCAGAAAGCACCAGCAGACAUCAGCCAAAAGUAUCGCAUCGAGAUGGACGGCAUCAUGGCAAGUUGGAAACGCCUCGGCACGACGCUGACAGACAACGCCCAGAAACUCCAGGAGCUCAUGGCCAAACUGUUGCAGUUUGAAAAUGACGUUAAGACUCUUAAGAAGUGGAUGGCAGAUGUGGACGUGUUCCUGAACGAGGAAUGGCCAGCACUGGGAGACUCUGAAGCUCUGGAGAAACAGCUGGAGCAGUGCACGGCUUUGGUGAAUGACAUCCACACCAUCCAACCCAGCGUCAACGGCAUCAACGAAGUGGGUCUGUACCUAAAGAAAGAGGCCGAGCCACCCUACGCCGUCCACAUCCAGAAGGAACUAGACGACCUCAACGCUCAGUGGGAGAACGUCUGCAAACAGGCCUACGCCAAGAAGUCGGCCCUGAAAGGAGGCCUCGACAAGACCAUGGCUCUGAGGAAGGAGAUGCAGGAGAUGCAGGAGUGGAUCAACCAGGCGGAGGAGGACUACCUGGAGAGAGACUUCACAUACAAGACUCCUGAAGAGCUGCGCAAGGCUGUGGAGGAGCUCAAGAGGGCCCAGGAAGAGGUCCACUCCAAGGAGCUGAAGGUCAAACUCCUGACUGACAGUGUCAACAGUUUCAUCGCCAAGGCUCCCCCCACGGCCCAUGAUGCCUUGCGGUCUGAGUUGGACGUUUUGACGGCUAACUACCAGCGCCUGUGCAGCCGGCUGGAUGGGAAAUGUAAAACACUGGAGGAGGUGUGGGCGUGUUGGUGUGAGCUGCUCUCCUACCUGGAGCAGGAGAACGCCUUCCUGGACCAGCUGGAGCAGAAGCUGGACGAGACGGAGAACCUGGAGGGAGGAGCGGAGGAGCUGCAGGAGGCGCUGGAUAGUCUGGAUGUUCUUCUGCAACACCCGGAUGACAACAGGAACCAGAUUCGGGAGCUGGCCCAGACGCUAAUGGACGGAGGAGUUCUGGAUGAACUAAUACAGCAGAAACUGGACGCCUUCAACACACGAUGGGAUGAGCUCAUGGCGAGGGUGGGGCUCAGGAAGCAGGAGCUGGAGAAGAGUGUGCAGUGGGCCCAGGAGAAUGACAAGAGUCUGAGGCAGAUCCAGGAUUCGCUUGCCAACACCGACCGACACCUUACUGCGUACCUGGCUGACCACAUAGACGCCCAGCAGAUACCGCAGGAGGCUCAGAAAAUCCAGGCGGAGCUGAGCGGCCAUGAGGCAACCCUGGAGGACAUGAAGAAGAAGAACCAGGACAAAGACCCGAGGGUUAUGGGACAGAUAGACCUCACGCAGAAAAUGCUGGCAGACGUGUGGACGAAGUUCCGGCUCUUCCAGAAGCCGGCCAACUUCGACACUCGUCUGACCGAGUGUGAGCGCUUGCUGGCUGGGGUCAAAAGCCAGGGGGGGGUCCUGGACAUCCGCAGUGUGGAGCAGGACGUGGUGCAGUCACAGCUGGACCAGUGCAUGAAGUUGUAUAAGGUGCUGAGUGAAGUGAAAGGGGAGGUGGAGACGGUGAUAAAAACCGGCAGGCAGAUCGUGCAGAAGCAGCAGACGGAGCAGCCCAAAGAUAUGGACGACAGGGUGACCGCCCUGAAGCUUCUCUACAACCAGCUGGGCUCUCAGGUGACGGAGAGUAAGCUGGAGCUGGAGAAGAGUCUGAAGUUGUCCAGGAAGCUGCGUAAGGAGCUCAACGGGCUGACGGAGUGGCUCGCUGCCACCGAUGCUGAGCUGACCCGGCGCUCCGCUGUGGACGGCAUGCCCAGCGACCUGGAGGCGGAGGUGGAAUGGGCACAGUCGAUCCACGAGGAGACGGAGAGGCGCCAGCCGCAGCUGCAGGCCGUGGUGGACCUGGCGGAGGCCCUGAAGGUGGUGCUGCGGGGCCACGGGGGCCUGGUGGACGACAAAGUCAGCCUGCUGCGCUGCAACUGGAUCGCUGUCACAUCCAGAGCAGAGGAGUGGCUCAACCUGCUGCUGGACUACCAGAGGCAGAUGCAGAAGUUAGAUGGAGAGAUAAAGGAAGUGAACGGAUGGAUCGACGGAGCGGAGAAGAAGAUGGAUGAGAUAGACAGCCAGGGACCCAACGACGCUGUGCUCAAGGUGUUGCGUGUGGAGCUGGAUCCGACGAAGGGAAAGAUGGAGGGGGUGAGGACUCUGGCCAAGGAGCUCAUGUCCACCAGGGGGGAGAAGUGCCAGGCCCAAGUGAGGCCCAAAGUGGAGCAGCUCAACCACAGAUUUGACACCAUCGCACAGCGCAUCACCAGCGGAAUGACGGCAGCGUCGGCUAAGGAGCUGGAGCAGUACCACAGUGAAGCUCAGAUCUGGCUGGAGCUCCUGGAGGAGGAAGUGAAGCAGGGGGAGAACCUGAAGGAGGAGGACUUCCAGGAGGACAAGGACUGUGAGGAAGGUGCAGUGAAGGAGUUGCUGUUGAAAGGGGAGAAUCUACAGAAGAGGGCCCUGGAUCAGGACAAGAGGGAGCAGAUCAGGCUGAAGCAGAACAAGCUCAACAGCAAGUACAACACCGUCAAGGACCUGCGUUUGCAGAGGAACAGGAAGGCGUUGGCCAUCGCUCCCCAGUGGUACCAGUAUAGGAGGAAGUCACAUGACCUGCUGGCCUGGCUGGACGACAUUCAACGCAGCGUGGACCAACUGCCCGACCCCCCCGAGGGAGAGAGGGUCAAGGAAAUUGGCUCAGAGUUCGACAAGAAGAAGGAGGAGCUUAACGAGGUGCAUGGCUUAGCCAAUCAGCUGUCAGAAGCUGGAGCCGCCAAUCUAGUGGAGCCCCGCCAACUCCAGCUCAACACGCGCUGGGUUGAGGUGGAGGGCAAGUUCUUACCCUUCAAAAGACAAUGUGAGUACCUGAUCGAGCUGCAGGCGUUGCUGCGCUCAGUGUCAGAGACGGACUUCAAGCUGAACUCUCCGGAGUACUGGCCAGCAGCGUAUUAUAACCUGCCGCAGCAGGACCUCUGUCUGAAGGAGGUGAAGGCGAGCAUUGAAGAGCUGCGGGGCCCAGUGGAGGGAGCGUUGGCCCGCAGAGAGGAGAUGGUGUCGGGGGCCCGGCCCCUGGAGGGUCAGAGGAUCCAGGAGACCGCCUCCCUUCUCAACACUAACUGGGACAAACUGAACAAGCUCCACCAGGACAGACUCAAGCGUUGGCAGGAUUGCAACAUCAAGUGGCAGAAGUUUGUGUCGGAUCAGAAGGCGAUGGAGGAGUGGCUGAACAACGCUGAGAGCUCUUUGAGACUGGCCGAGAGCGAGCCAGCAGCACACAAGCAGCACCUCAGGGACCUGACGGAGGCCAUCCCUCUGCAGGAGGUGGUGCUGGACAGGGUGAUCUCUGCGGGAGAGGACAUCAGCCAGUUGAGCGCACCGGACGAUUCCUCUCGGCUCCGGACGCAGCUCAAAUCAGUCAACACUCGCUGGGCCAACGUCUGCCUGCAGCUCAACGAGCGCAAGAGGAGGUCUGCAGAGGCCCGCUCGGCGACGGCGGGGCUGCAGGAGAACAUGGGCUCCAUGCUGGGCUGGCUGGAUAAAGCGGAGGGGGUCCUGGCCAUCCCGCUGCAGCCCGCCGAGCCUCAGCACAUCAGAGACACUCUGGGGAAAGUCCAGGCACGCGUAGAGGAGCUUCCUGCCAGGAGUGCGCUCAUGGGGGAUCUGAACAUGAAGCAGAGGCAGAUAACACUUCCUGCUGACAGACAGAACGACGUCAGGGUCAUCAACAGUCGCUGGGCUCAGGUGUCUAAGGCUCUCCCAGAGCGUCAGCUGGAGAUCGAGGCUCUGCUGAGGGAGCUGGAGCAGCUCCAGGGUCAGCUGGAUAGCCUAUCAGCCUGGGCCUCCAUCACCAGAGCCAAGCUGGAACAAAGCCCUGAUGAGCCCCGGCUCGUUGAGGAAGUGCAGGUGAAGCAGCCAGAGGUGGAGGCAGUUCUGGAGCGAGCCGAUCAACUGUUCAAGGAGAAUCCUCCCAACCAACAAGACAAGGUGAGGUAUGUGAAGCUCAGGGAAGACUGGACUGUGACCCUGGAGCUGCUGCGGCAGCGUAAGGAGAGGAUGGCCGCUCUGCUAAUAGCCAAAAAAGCCACUGAAACUCUGACAGGAAGUUCCCAGGCUGAAUCUGCAGCUUUGGCUCAGUUCAACAAGUCCUGGGCCGAGCUCACCGAUUGGCUGACAAUGCUGGACAACAUGGUGCAGAACAAGCAGGUGGUGGUGGCCGACCUGGAGGACAUCAACGAGAACAUCAGCAGCCUCAAGUUGUCCCUGCAAGAGAUGGACCAGCGUCGCCCACUUCUGGAGAGACAGGUCACAGCAGCUCAGAACCUGAAGAACAAAACCAGCAACCAGGACACCCGCAACGCUAUCACUGAACGCAUGGACAGGCUUCAGGCUCACUGGGAAGACUCCCAGACCAAACUCUCAGACAGGACGAAGCAGCUCCACAACAUGCUGCAGGACUCCACCGAUUGGCUGGAUGCCAAAAAGGAAGCUGACCAUUUCAUCAAGCUGGCCAGUGAGAGGCUGGAGUCCUGGCAGGAGAUCACGUACACGGUGGAGGCGCUGAAGAGACAAAACUCUGAACUGAAGUCCUUUGUGAGGGAGCUGCAGCAGUGGCAGGGGCAGGUGGAGGAAACCAACGCUCUGGCUGACAAACUGCUCACGCUGUACGCCAACGAUGACACACACAAGGUCACCCAGGUCAACGACAACAUGAUGGCCACCUGGACACACAUCACCAAGCGUGUCUCGGACAGAGAGGUGGCUGUAGAGGAAGCUCUGAAGCUGCUGCAGCAGUUCUACCUCAACCUGGAGAAGUUCCUCAACUGGCUGACGGAGGCGGAGACCACCUGCAACGUGCUGAUCGGCGCCACCAACAAGGAGAGGAUGCAGGAGCAGCCGGACGCAGCCCGCAACCUGCUGGCUCAGUGGAAGGAGCUGGAGGCAGAGAUUGACGGCCACACAGAGAUGUACCACUCCCUGGAUGAGAACGGCCAGAGGAUCGUGUCCUCGCUGCGGGACUCUGGGGACGGGGCCCUGCUCCAGAGACGCCUGGACAACAUGACGCAGCGCUGGAACGACCUGCGCAACAAGACCCUCAGCAUGAGGGCCCAUCUGGACUCAGAGAUGGCCCCGUGGAAGAGGCUCCACAUGUCGCUCCAGGAGCUGCUGAACUGGCUGAGGCUGAAAAGUCAACAGCUGGAGAAGGAGCCGCCUGUAGGGGGCGACGUGCCCACCGUGCAGACACAGCUGGACACUAACCGGGGUUUAAGGAGGGAACUGAGAGCCAAAGAGCCAGUUGUGACCAAAGCUCUGGACGAUGUGGGGGUCUUCCUGUCUGAGCUGCCCCGAGAAACACCCUCACCUGAGCAGAGAGACAUCAGCCCGGAGGAGCGUGCUCAGAACGUGGGGCGAAUCCUCCGCAAAGAGGCAGACGACGUGGUGACCAAGUGGGACCGGCUGAACAUCGACUGGGCCGACUGGCAGCGGAGGCUGGAGCUGGCCCUGGAGCGGCUGAUGGACCUCCAGGAGGCCGAGGACCUGCUGGACGGACAGCUGAGGCAGGCCGAGAUGGUGAGGGAGGCAUGGGAACCUGUGGGCGACCUGCUGAUCGACUCCCUGCCGGAGCACAUCGAGAGAGUCAAGGAGUUCCAGGAAGAGAUCGCUCCCAUCAAGGACGACGUUGUACACAUGAACCAGUUGGCGUCCACUUUCGGUCCACACGACAUCCAGCUGUCGCCUAGCAACCUGGAACGCAUCGAAGAUCUGAACACGCGCUGGAAGCUGCUCCAGGUUACCGUGGAUAUGGGGAAAAGGAACUCAGGCAGAAAUGGAUUGGGUGAGGUGGACUCCAAGAUGUCCAUCAGUGAACAUCUGAAGCAGCUGACAGAUGCUCACAGGGACUUUGGCCUUCUGCACGGAUCUGUGGAGAGCCCCUUCGAGCAGGGCAUCUCCCCGAACAACGUGCCCUACUACAUCAAUGAGAAAGCUGGACCUGACCUGAUGACGGAGACCCUCCACCAGACCCAAACAACAUGCUGGGAUCAUCCCAAGAUGGCCGAGCUCUACCAGUCUCUGGCCGACCUGAACAAUGUUCGAUUCUCGGCCUACCGGACAGCCAUGAAGCUCAGACGCCUCCAGAAGGCUCUCUGCUUGGAUCUGCUGAGCAUGCAGAUGGCGUGCGAGGUGUUCGAGCAGCACGCUCUGAAGCAGAACGAGCAGCUGCUGGACAUCGCGCAGCUGGUCACCUGUCUGACCAGCCUGUACCAGCGGCUGGAGCAGAGCCACUCUCACCUGGUCAACGUCCCGCUGUGUGUGGACAUGUGCCUCAACUGGCUGCUCAACGUCUACGACACUGGUCGCACCGGAAAGAUCCGAACCCUGUCGUUCAAGACUGGAAUCAUCUCACUCUGCAAGGCUCACCUGGAGGAUAAAUACAGAUUCUUGUUCAGACAGGUUGCCAGUGCGACAGGUUUCUGUGACCAGCGGCGCCUGGGCCUCCUCCUCCACGACUCCAUCCAGAUCCCCCGGCAGCUCGGAGAGGUCGCCUCCUUCGGCGGCUCCAACAUCGAGCCCUCCGUCCGCAGCUGCUUCCAGUUUGCCAACAACAAACCGGAGCUGGAAGCGGCCAUGUUCCUGGACUGGAUGCGCCUGGAGCCUCAGUCCAUGGUGUGGUUACCCGUCCUGCAUCGCGUGGCCGCUGCAGAGACCGCCAAGCACCAGGCCAAGUGUAACAUCUGCAAGGAGUGUCCCAUCAUCGGGUUCAGAUAUCGGAGUCUGAAGCAUUUCAACUAUGACAUUUGCCAAAGCUGCUUCUUCUCCGGUCGCGUCGCCAAGGGACAUAAGAUGCAGUACCCCAUGGUCGAGUACUGCACUCCGACUACGUCAGGGGAGGAUGUCAGGGAUUUUGCCAAGGUGCUGAAGAACAAGUUCAGGACCAAGCGCUACUUCGCCAAACACCCCCGCAUGGGCUACCUGCCCGUGCAGACCAUCCUGGAGGGGGACAACAUGGAAACUCCUGUUACCCUGAUCAACUUCUGGCCUGUAGACCAUGCGCCUGGAUCGUCCCCUCAGCUCUCUCACGACGACACACACACUCGGAUCGAGCACUACGCCAACCGGUUAGCAGAAAUGGAGAAUCGUAAUGGCUCUUAUCUGAAUGACAGUAUCUCACCCAAUGAGAGCAUCGAUGAUGAGCACAUGUUGAUCCAGCACUACUGCCAAUCCCUGAACCAAGGCUCUCCCCUCAGCCAGCCCCGCAGCCCCGCCCAGAUCCUCAUCUCCAUGGAGACGGAGGAGAAGGGGGAGCUGGAGAGGGUCCUCAACGACCUGGAGCAGGAGAACAUGAAGCUGCAGUCGGAGUACGACCGUCUGAAGAAGGCCCACGACAGGAAGGGCCUGUCCCCGCUGCCGUCGCCCCCGGAGAUGAUGCCGGCAUCGCCGCAGAGCGCCCGCGACGCCGAGCUCAUCGCAGAGGCCAAACUGCUGCGUCAGCACAAAGGACGCCUGGAGGCCCGCAUGCAGAUCCUGGAGGAUCACAACAAACAGCUGGAGUCACAACUACACCGCCUCAGGCAGCUGCUGGAGCAGACGGACUCCAAGGUGAAUGGUACCGCCCUCUCUUCCCCCUCCACCUCCUCGCAGCGCUCCGACUCGUCCCUCCCCCUGCUGCGUGUGGCCGCCAGCCAGACUAAUGACACCAUGGGUGAUGACGAGCUGUCCAGCCCUUCCCAGGAUGCAUCUGGUCUGGAGGAAGUGAUGGAUCAGCUCAACAAUUCGUUUCCUCAUAGCCAUGGAGGAAGAAGGGGAUACCCGUGAGAGGUCCAGGUGUCGGCAGUUUGUUCCACAUGGCCGAUGGUGUGGGCCAGGCCAUGGAGUCGCUGGUCAGCCUGAUGACAGACGAGCAGAGCGCCGAACAGCACGAGGCCCUGCCCUUCUGACCCCCCCUUUAUCCCUCCCCCUUCCUUUCCUCCCCUCCUUUCCUACCUAUCGCAUGCUUUUUCUAGUCAAACAACUGGAUUGGAAACACAGUUUACAAAGAGAAUAUAUAAACAUCUAUUUUUGUGAAGGGUCGCGGUUCCAACAACGUUAAAAAACAAACAAAAGAAAAACAUUAUACCUUGUAGAUUUAAGUAGUUUCUUAAAACGUCCUGAAGUUGUUUUAUUAAUAACAGAGGCUGGUUUUUAAACUUCUAUGCAAUUGUAUAAAAAAAAAAGAGGGGGGGUGGGUGCAAAGAGAGAUACAAAUCAGUGUGUUUAGUGUGGCCAUCUUUUUGUAAUUGGGGAAACGGCUAAAGCAUUUCAGACAUUUGUAUCAAAAAAGAAUGAUUGUAAUCAUAAGGGUGCUUUCUAAGAGGAACAUGAAUUUCUAUAACAGCGUACACUACUGUCAAGGUAAUGCAGGCAUCCUGGAUCUUUACAGUGCGUUGUCUGUGUGUGAGUGUGUGUGCGUGUGUGUGUGUGGUGGUGCCUAAUUUCCACAUUGCAUUACAGCUUUGACGUUGCUUUGGCUGACAAACCCCAUGUUUGAAUCAUGCAUUCGUCCGUCCGUCGCUCCAUCCAUCAGUGAGUUCAUAAUUCCUAUGAUUUACAAAAGUUUUUAUACCUGAAUUAGUUUUUAUCAGUGUAGACAGAUGUUGGAAUUGGCCUGAUUCAGAACUGAGACACGUCACUACAUACCUAAUGCACAUAUUGGGCAAGAAUUAGACAUCAUUUAGAUUUUACCCAGAUUAUCUGUCUCUUAAGCACCAGACUAGAGUGUGGCAUCCCUACGGAAAAAAAUAUACAUUUUAUUUAGAUUUUGUUACUAUGUGAUUCAUCUUUAAUUAACAUAUUAUUAAAAUGUCCGUGCAUCAUUUUCAAACUUAAUAUAAAUGGUACCUUACCCCAAAUUUGGGGAAAAGCUGCAGCUGAAGUCAAUUUUUUACGCUGAUAUGUGUCCAGCUUUAAACACACUGACUCAUACAUUUCCCAUAAUGCAACUUUUUUGUAGUGGAAAAGGAAGCUACAUCUUUUAUAUCCAAACUGAUAUUCAUCAUCAGUUCUGAAUCAGGCCUGGACACAGUCCUUCAGAAAGACGUCCUGAUUAUUGCACUGGUACAUCUUUUAUCUCUACGAUGCUCUCUGAGUGUCUCUUUAGGGCCGGUUGAGGACCCGCGGUACUCUUGAGUGUUGGUUUCUAAGCUGACUGGAGUACUGUAAGAAGAAUGUGAUUUUAAAUCUGCAAGGCUGCUAGCUGAGAUUAUUUUAAAGGAAUUCUUCCGUCUGAACACUAACGAGACAUAUUUUAGGAGGCCCAGUAAGCUCUACCUCGUCUAAAUUGUCAAAGCCCGGCAUUUUUUCUAAUGCACUCAACACCUUUCAGAUUAUUAUUUAUUAGUUAUUUCUGAUUCACUGUAGAGCCUCCAAUCUGAAUGUUCCGAUGCAUCUCUAUCAGAGCUUUACGACCAGUUUCAAAACAUUUCACACAAAUGAAUCAGUGUGCACUACUGUCAGACCUGGGACAUACUAGAUAGGUGUUUUCUGUGUGGAGGAUGCUUUUAUUUUAGUGUCUUUUUGUCCUCGGUUAAAAAGCUAUUUUGUUUGGUGCCGUGUGAGGUGUUCAAUAUUAGCAUGUGUGACUAUAUACAGCUCAUCCUUCUUUAAUGUGUAACCACUCAGAGGUCGCGUUUGUUUUUGGCGUCAUAUUGUCGCGGCAUGAUCUAAGAGGCUUUCGUUCUGAUCCAGAUACUGAAUUCGAUUUAUUUGUCAUGUCUAACGUUUGUGUUUCAUUCUCGCAUCAUUUUUUAAAUAACACAGUUCAAUACUUCACAACAUAUCAGAUUCCACCAAAUAUAUGCCUUACUACUGUAUUAUAAAAUGCUUUACUGUAUAUCAAUAAAGCACGCAGUUAUGUUGAUUUGA